GAGAAGCUGGUAGUGUGCCUUUGGAAGAUGUUUUAAAAUUUUGUCUAGAACUUCAAGAUGUUCUUCGAAAUUAUGAGCCUAGAGAUAUAUUUAACUAUAAUAAAACAGCACUUUUUUGGCAACUUGAGCCAAGCAAGACACUCGCACAUGGACCAGUUUUAGGAAAAAAAAAAUCAAAGGAUAGAGUUACAGUUAUGAUUACUUGUAAUUCUACUAGUGAUGAAAAAUUACCACUUCUCUUUAUUCACAAAUACAAAACCCCACGUGUUCUUCGUGAUAUUGAAAAAUCUACUCUUCUAGUCUAG